AAGCUGCCAUCGCUUCCUGAAUGGGUGAAUAUGGGGACAUGACAAACGUUUACAGCUGUAAAAUAGAAAACAAUAUUUCCGCAGCUCUCGUCUCUUUCCAGGUGCGUGAUCGCUAUAAUUCUAUUCUAGUUUAGUCGGCGGCUGCGAUGGAAGCCGUGCCGCGAAUGCCGAUGAUCUGGCUGGAUCUGAAGGAGGCAGGAGAGUUUGAGUUCAGCCCGACUGUCAAACAGUUCAUACUGAAGAACUACGGUGAAGAUCCUGACCAUUAUAAUGAGCAGUUGAAGAAACUGGAGCAGUUGAGACAGAGUGCUGUGAAUGUCACACGAGACUUUGAAGGCUGCAGCACCUUAAGGAAGUACUUCGGGCAACUGCACUAUCUUCAGAGUCGUGUGCCUUUGGGAUUGGAGCAGGAAGCUGCUGUGCCUAUUUCCUGGACAGAGAUAUUUUCUGGGAAGACAGUGACCCACGAGGACAUCUGCUAUGAGCAGGCCUGCAUCCUUUAUAAUUUGGGAGCACUCCAUUCAAUGUUGGGAGCCAUGGACAACAGGGUGUCCGAAGAGGGAAUGAAAGUAUCUUGCACACACUUCCAGUGCUCGGCUGGAGCAUUCACCUACUUGAGAGAUCACUUCAGCCACAACUUCAGUGUGGACAUGAGUCACCAGAUCCUCAAUCUCAACAUCAACCUCAUGCUGGGUCAGGCCCAAGAGUGCCUGUUGGAAAAAUCUAUGUUGGACAACAGGAAGAGCUUUCUCGUCGCUCGGAUAAGUGCCCAGGUGGUGGACUAUUACAAAGAGGCAUGCAGAGCUCUGGAGAACUCAGAAACCGCUUCAAUGUUAGGAAAGAUACAGAAAGACUGGAAGAAAUUAGUGCAAAUGAAGAUUUACUACUUUGCUGCAGUUGCUCAUUUGCACAUGGGGAAACAGGCUGAAGAGCAGCAGAAGUAUGGAGAGAGGGUUGCUUACCUUCAAAGCUCAGUAGACAAACUCAGCGAGGCAAUUAAGCUGGCUAAGGGUCAGCCAGACAGUGUACAGGAAGCCCUUAGAUUUACCAUGGAUGUCAUUGGUGGAAAAUUUAAUUCUGCCCAAAAAGACAAUGACUUCAUUUACCAUGAAUCUGUGCCACCUCUGGAGACACUGACCUCAGUGAAAGGGGCCCCACUGGUGAAAGCCUUGCCUGUAAACCCAACAGACCCCACUGUCACUGGGCCAGACAUUUUUGCAAAGCUGGUGCCCAUGGCUGCCCAUGAGGCCUCCUCUCUUUACAGUGAAGAGAAGGCCAACCUGCUAAGAGAUGUCAUGGCAAAAAUAGACAACAAGAAUGAAACAUUAGAACAGUUCAUGGACUCUCUCGGUCUGGACCCUGAGUCAGUUGACAAUAUGGAGAUGUAUAAUACCCUUCCUUCUGUGCUGAUGGAAAAAUGUGCUGCCUUGAGUGUGAGACCUGAUACUGUAAAAAACCUUAUCCAGUCAAUGCAGGUCCUCUCAGGUGUGUUCACCGAUGUAGAAGGCUCUCUGCGCGAGAUUCGAGAUGUAUUAGAUGAGGAUGAGGCAGAGGAGCAAAGUUUAGAAGAGGCUGCUGGGAAGCAGGCUGUCCCAGAACGGCCCUCAGCUCUGGCCGAGCUGCGGAGAGACCUGGAAAAGUAUUUUGAGGCACACGAAAAAGCCAGCUUUACCAACACAGAACUUCACCGGGCCAUGAAUCUGCACAUCAGCAAUCUGAGACUCCUCGGUGGACCACUAGACACGCUUAAAGAGGCAUUGCCGAAACCUCAACUUAGUGAGGAUGAGAUGGCAGGUCUCCAGACUAUGAAGAGAAUUUUGGGUAAAGUGCAAGAAAUGCGGGACCAACGAAGCUCCCUGGAAAAGCAGCUUAGAGACCUCAUUCAGCAUGAUGACAUCACUACUUCUCUGGUAACAACUGAGCGUGCUGACGUGAAGAAACUCUUUGAGGAGCAGCUUAAGAAGUAUGAGCAGGUGAAAGUAUACAUUGAUCAGAACCUGACAGCUCAAGAGAAUAUCCUGAAGGCACUGACAGAAGCUAAUGUACAGUAUGCCACUGUGCGCAAGGGCCUGACAGAAACUGAACAUAAAUGGAACAGCACUGUACAGAUGCUUGUGGCCUCCUAUGAGGCCUAUGAAGAUUUAAUGAAGAAAUCUCAGGAGGGCAAAGAGUUUUAUGAAGACCUAGAAACAAAGGCCUCUCGCCUGUUGGAGAAAGCCAAGACUGUCUGCAAGACUCGGAAAGAAGAGAGACAAGCCAUAAUGGAAAAAGAGCUAAAAAAAAAGGUGCCCCAAAGACCCACUGCCCCAAAACCACCCCCGAAGCAAGGCCAAAGUGUGGAUCAUGCCAACUUAAAUGACCCUGAACUGGCAGAGCUGAGUGCUGCUAUCCUAGCCCUUGGUGGAGAUCUCCCAGAAGAGCUACGCAGCCUGCCUCCUGGACUUACCAUUCCACCAUCUGGUCAUCAUGCUGCACGUUCUGGAGCUGCUGCUAGCUCUAUUCUGCGCUGGCCUGGAGCUAACUCAGCUUUACUCUAUACUCAAACCAGAUUUCCUCCAAAUUUACCGCCUCCUGAAGUUCUUGCUCAGAUCUCCUGUUUUCCAACACCUCCCCUGUCUCAGAGUUUCAGUCACAGUCUUCCUCAGCCUCCUCUGGCACAACAACAGUUCCCACAAUUGCCCAACCAUCAGGUCUUUCCACCACCAUCUGUGUCUGGGUACUACCCUCCAUCUUCACAGAACCAACCCGGCCCAUCAGUCACUUCAGUCCGACCUUCUACCACUACAGUGGAUAGUGUACAGACACCUAUUCCAAGCUACAGUCCUGCAUCUAUCCAGGCAGUUAUGCCUUCUCCAGGCCAACACCAACAGAUGCCACCAGUGUCAUCAGUGUAUGGAGCUCCACCUCAGAUGACACCCCAUGUCCAGUACAUGCACCAACCUGUUGUUUCCAUAAACCAAACUCCACAGGCAAUGCCAGCCCAUCAUCACCAGCCUCAACCUCAACCUCAGCAGGUAUUUGCUCAACAGGGUGGUCAAAGUCAACAGCAGCCAUUUUACCCACCUGUACCAACUCAACAGCAAAUGCCUAAACCUUUGCCUGGGCACCAGCCUCGGUUCCCACAGUACAUAGCUCAAGUAAGACAACCAGGACCACCAAACUUUUAUCAACCUCAAAUCCAAGGACAGUUUAGAGCUCCUGCUACCCAUAUGCAGCCUCAUCAGGGUUACCCCCCCUUCUCUUUUAAUCCGAAGUCCCAAUCUCCACAAGUUAACAUUGUCACUCCAGGCCAGAUUCCCCAUCCAGGCAUGCCUUCACAGAUGCCACCAUCCUCCCAACCGGGGCCUCCUGUGUCAAUGUCACACUUAGCACACGUCAGUCAACAGAUUCCUUCUGCUUCACAGCCCCAAACACCUUACUUCAGUCAAUUACCAGGUCCUCAUCACCCCCAGAUACCCCCAUCCUCUCAUCAUUUAGGCCCUGAACCGCAUAUGCAGAUACCUUCUGCCUCAAAACAGAUGACUCCUCCCCAGCAGCCACAAAUGCUUGCACCAACCACUCACAUGUCUCCUUCCUCUCAUUCACAAAUGCCCUCAGUCUCCCAAUCUUACUGCCCCCAGUCACAGAUAAUUCCUUCUCAUCAACCCAACCAACAGCCAGCGUACCCGGCAGUCCCUGGGAGGGCUACUAUUCCUGUUCAACCUCAGGUCCCACAUGGCCCUCAUUCAUCACAGAUCCAAAUACACCCUAGCAAUCCUUCACAGCAUCAAAACCAAUCUCAUCCUCAAAUCCUUCCCCAGUCCUGUCCUCCAGCAAUCCCUCACAAUAUCUACAAACCUCAGCCAACCAUUCCUCCUAGCUCUGCACCUUUGAGUUUUCCUGGUGGUACUCCUAUGGUAUCAAAUCAGUCGGUGGCAGCUCUGCAGCCAGAGUCCCAGCCCCCCACUUCACAGCCUGUAGUCGUACAACAGCUACCCCCAGGAGGACCAAUAUCUUAUGCUGUUCCACAAAGUGGGAACACUCCUUCUGGACCAAUGCAGCAUCCUGUAGCUGCUGCUCCCCCAGGGCCUCAAAGCAUGAUACCUCCAUCCUCAGGAGCACCAGGUGCACCCCAGCCUCAUGUGCUACCUUCUCCUGCCCCAUCACCUUCUCCCUCUCCUGGUCCUCCCUCCCUUGGUAUGGUCACCCAGCGACCAUCUCCUGCUCUAGCCCAAGUUGGAGGAGCAACAUUGCCACAGUCUUCAGUUCAGGCUCCAGCACCCACUGGUGCCAUGACUUCAUCUGAGUCUACUUUGUUUCAGCGACAGAACUCUAGUACUGAUGACUUGCUUUCCUCAAGCCCCGAGAGCCAGCAUGGAGGCACUAAGGACAUCGCAAAUGUCUUACUACCCACAAAAGUUGACCCUCAGGAGGAACAUUACAGAAAAAAAGCUGAGGGUGUGAGACUUAUCCAGGGUGACCCUUACCAAGCACCAGAGAGGGUCUCGAAACUCAGUGCACAGCUAGAACGGUUUAGAUCAACAAUUCAAUCCUUAGAGCGCCCAACAUGGGAGGGAGGUCUGUCGAAACUUGAUGCCCACUGGAAAGAACUGCAAGAGCAGCAGGAGAAGGAUACUCGCCAGCUCUCUAUCUCUAUUGCCCGUUGCUACACCAUGAAGAACCGCCAUCAGGAUGUGAUGCCUUACGACUGCAAUCGAGUUGUCUUGCACUCUGGUAAAGAUGAUUACAUCAAUGCCAGUUUCAUUGAGGACCUAUCCCCAUACUGCCCCCGGCUCAUUGCAACACAGGGUCCCCUCAUUGGCACUUCAGCCGACUUCUGGCUCAUGGUUUACGAGCAGAAAGUUUCUGUAAUCGUCAUGUUAGUGUCUGAGCUAGAACUGGAGAAGCAAAAGGUAUUGAGAUACUUUCCUUCAGAGAGAGGCCAAAAAUUUGCUCAGGGGCCAAUCACCCUUACCCUGACCACCCAGAAGAUCACUCCUACCCAUAUAGAGCGCAUGAUAGAACUGGAGUAUCGGGACCAAAGUUUGAAACGCACCGUUGUACACCUUCAGUUUACUUCAUGGCCUGAACUGGGUCUUCCAGAGAGUAAAACCAACCUCAUCCAUUUCAUUCAAGAAGUCCACGGACAUUACCUGCUUCAGCGUCCACUACACACUCCAGUCAUAGUGCACUGCAGCUCUGGUGUUGGCCGUACUGGUGCCUUCUGUCUGCUUUAUGCAGCGCUGCAAGAAAUUGAAGCAGGUAAUGGUAUACCUGACCUGAUCCAGCUGGUGAGGAAGAUGAGGCAGCAGAGGAAGAACAUGCUGCAAGAGAAGCUUCACCUCAAAUUUUGCUAUGAGGCUGUUCUUAAACAUACAGAGCAGGUUCUGCAACGUCAUGGCAUAAUUACAUCCCCUUGCGCCAGGACUUCAAAUAAUACUGCAUUAAAGUCAUACCCCCGACAGGAAUCUCAGGACAUUGUUCUGGGAGGAGACAUGCCUUUUAGUUCUAUACAGGCCACUGUGGCCAAACUUAGCAUUCGACCACCCAGUGUUGACCAUGAACAAGACCAGAUUCCCUCUGUUUCCGAAGCGCCAAGCACAGUGGAACCAGAUCCUACAGAAUUGUCACUUCCACCUUCUCAGGACCCACUUUGUUAUGAAGCUAUGCCUGGUUCCAUCAGUCCCCCCCUCUUUUGCACCUCUUCUCCAGGCAUGACGCAGUCACCUUCAGCUCCUAGCGUCCAAGGGAAUGGGAUCACUGGUUCCACUCCUGCAUCUCCAGUCUCAAAUCAUCACCCAUCCACAGCACCUAAUGCCCCGUCUCCACCACCUCAUGCCCCUUCUCCGCCCACAUCCUCAUCUUUAGAUCUGCUUGCUUCUCUCACACCCGAAGCCUUUACUAUGGAUAGUGCUUAUCGAGGCAAGCAGCGGAUUAACAAGCAAAGCUUCCUUCAUCCGCAAGAAGGAAAAGGACUGCAGGGACCACCAGAUGGCGAUGAUCCGCUCAGUAGUUUGGAUCCUCUCUGGACACUCAACAAAAGCUGAAACAACAUUAUGGAGCUCUCUUUCAUCUUCUCCCCCACAGGCAGUGCUCUUAUGAACUGUUUCUGACCCUGUGUCUCAUCUUUUCCAUGCACAUGCCUCUUGGAGCUCACCACUGUGUGCAAGUCUGUCCGCUUGUGUUCUGAAAAGUUAAGUUUUUCCAGUUGGCAUUUUUCCAGCACUGUUCCUGGCGUUUCAGGUUACAUUGCGCAAAUCCAGUCUGGUCUCCUAGCAUGCACUCCUAAUGCCAUGGUGUUUGUGAUUGCCUUUAAGGUGCCUAAGCGUUGGCUCUUCUGCAAUGGGCAUCUGCCUCUACACCAAAAAUAUAAACAAUGAGAAUGGAAACAGUGUGAUUUGAACUACUAUUGUUAUUUUCAGAAAACUUAUUAACAGUUUGAUUGAGGGACUAUCUGCUUGCCCUUUGUACACAUGCUGCUUGCACUGUGGGUUGCAUAUUAUUAGUCACCGCACCUGUUUUUAGCUACAGUGAUCUGCAAAGUAUAUGUAGGGACAAAUUGAAGGUGAUGAUGAGAAUACUACUUGAUAUGACUUAAUGUACUCAUUAUAUUUAAAACACUUAAAUUUCUGAAUCACUUCAGAAAUCAUAGCAUUUUUAUGAGUUGAUUCUAACUUGUCAUUCUUUGAACGGUGUAAAUAAAUCUUAACAAAUGUCAA